GAGCUAAGGCAAAGACUAAACUGUUGACUUGAUCAUUGGAAUUUAUACAAUCUUAUACUAUUGCUCAUGGAGAAUAAUCAUGGAUUAUUAUCAUAUUAAUACGACAUUCAAAUUUCUAUCUUUAUUCAUACGUAUAUAUUCUGUGCAUUGAUGUGGUAAGCAAAUAUAUAUAUUUUCAACAAUGCGCAGGAAGAUGACAAUCAUCACAUAAUUCCGCUAAUGAGCACGCAGAAAAUGUAUACAAAAGCAUGAAUGUAUAAAUAAAGCCAAAAAUUGAUAGAAGCACUCAGUUCAAUACCCAGUUCAAAAUAAACAUUUUUCUUUCAACAAAAGAAUGAACGAAAAUGAAGCGUAUGAAAUUUUUCAGAACAGACCGCUUGUUUUUUUUUAUUCAUUUAUUCGUAACAUUGUAACAUGUAAAACAAUUUUUAGUCAAAAUUGUUGACGUAAGAUUUAUCAGUCGAUUCAUGUAUUAUAAUUAAAGCAUGUUCUGUCUCUUGGUCAGAAAUUAUUCCAUAUCAUGCAAACUACGUAGUUAACGUUCAAUUAACUCGAUUUCAAAUGACUUGCAACAAUGGACAACUGUAGUGCACUUGUUUGGUUGAAAAGCUAAUUAUUUGAUAACGACUAUGUGAUAGUUCGAUAAAAAGAAAUGAUAACGCGUUCGAUUUCCUACUUGCUCCAUAUAAAUGGAUGUACUUAUCAUAUGGCAAUUUAAGUUCUCCUUUCAAAGUCAAAGUGAUAACAAUUCAACGCUUUCAAAUCGGGCAAAUUAAUCAUGAGUUUCACUGGAAAAGUCGUAAUUGUAACAGGUGCAAGUAGUGGAAUUGGAGCUGAUGCAGCUCGACAUUUGGCAAAAUUGGGUGCAAAAGUGUCGAUUGUUGGUCGAAAUGAGAAGCGCCUAAAUCAAGUGGCUGAACAAAUUAAAAGUGCCGGUUCGCCAGCUCCGCUAGCAAUUGUGGCCGAUGUGACCAAAGACGCCCAACGAAUUGUUGACAAAACAAUCAAGCACUUUGGCAAAUUAGAUGUGCUUUUGAACAAUGCGGGCAUUGUGAUUCAAGACAAUGUCACCGAAAUCAAUUUGUCAGAAUUUGAUCGGAUUUUCGAUACAAAUGUCAGAAGUGUUAUCACUUUGACCAAACUAUCCGUUCCAUACCUUGAGAAAACGAAGGGAAAUAUUGUGAAUGUAUCGUCCGUUGCUGGCUUGAAAGCAAUUCCAAAUAUCAUGACAUAUUGCAUGAGCAAAGCCGCAUUGGACCAAUUUACCAAAUGUUCAGCGUUGGAUUUGGCACCAAAAGGUAUAAGAGUGAAUUCAAUAAAUCCUGCAGCCGUUAGGACUCCAAUAUUCGAAACGUUUGGAGUAAACGAAGAACAAGCCGAAAAAAUGCUGGAAGAGUACAAAAAACGAUAUCCUCUCGGUCGGGUGGGUGAAGUUCAUGACACGAGUGCUGCUAUUGCUUACUUGGCGGAUGAUGAAGUAUCAUCAUUUCUUACAGGAAUUUUGCUUCCGGUUGAUGGUGGUUCGAUCGUAGCUGGAGUAUGAAUUUGAACUAAAGAUUCAACAGAUUAUGACAACAAUUCCUUUUGCAUUCAUUAAAAAUCAAACAAAACAAAUCGAGUAAAUGUGUUUAUUUUUUUCAUU